AUGAACCUAGUUGCUUUUAAAUGCGGCUUCUACGGAAUUAUUUAUCGAUUUAUUUUCAUCGUUCGAACAGUUGCAGUUACAAAAAACUGGAUAGUUUACUUUACAGAAAGUGUUAAUAUGACAAUGACCGAUGUAAUUCUUUCAAAACAUUUAUCAAUUGCUUCAUUAUACGUUGCAAUCAAAUCUGUUUUUAUUGCUGGUCUCAUAUGGGACUUCCAUUCUUGUUGGAAGCAAUAUAAGCAUGUGAUGAAGCAUGCAAUUUCAGAAUCUUCUGGAAUUUGUUCUUUUUGUCAGACUGCUCCUGCUACAAUUUCUCUUCUUUGCUCACAUAAAGUCUGUCAGACUUGUUACAAGUCACAGAUUUAUAAAGCUCCGUAUUGUAAAACUUGCCAAACUGAAAUUGUUCCAACUCUUCAGUUUGCAUUCACAGAUGGAUAUUCCUCCAUAUCAUCUAUAUUUUGUUGUCUUUAA